AUGAAUGUAACCACACGAUCACUGGUCCUGAUGAAUUAUUUUCCAGAUACUCCAAGUUUAACCCAAUCUUGCAGAUACAAUUCAGCCCCAUUAAUUAGCAUGAUGAACACAUGUUAUGAAGCAGCCGGUAAAAGGUGGCCUAACUUCAUUGCUGUUGAUCAUUACAGGCGAAGCGACGGAGGAGGUGCACCUCAAGCAGUAGAUACGGCUAAUGGCCAACUAGUUUGUGGUUGUGCAAACAUAGCCUCUUGCAAGGAAAAUAUGACUUUUGGAGCAUGUAAACUGACUGAGGAUAUAGCUCCAAGUGGAGCAUUCAAUAAUCAAACUAGCUUUGGACAAUUUGAUAGCAGACCCAUUCGAUUUCAGUGGCUGUUUAUUGUAUUUUUAAUGGCCGGAAUGACAUUGUAA